UCUUGUAACCUCGCAGUAAAACUGGAUAAAACCAUCUGAAAAAGUAAAUUUACAAAUAAUUCCAGAUCUACUGCAGGAACAUGUCGACUAAUUCAUAUGACAGAAAUAAACCUGUUAUUAAUAUAUACAUCAGUCUUAAAGCCGCAGGUGAAAAGUCUAAUAGCUUUGUGUAAUGAUGUUAUGAGAAACAAGAAUAUGAUGAAUCAGUACAAUGUCUACAUCAUUAUAACACAGAAAAUAUUAUUAUUGUAUUUAUAUACUAUUGGACUUCUAAAAAAAAACCAUUUAUGGUUUGCGUGAGAACUGCAGCUCAAACGUCUUCACACUUUGACCUCAGGAAAACACUGAUGCUCCUCCUCUAAUGUGUAACUUCCUCUGACUUUAUUUUCUAACAGCAGCACAUUUAAUUCACUUCACACAGAGUACAGAGACUCAGCCUGUCAGUCACGUCCACACAGAGACGCAUCAUUUCAUGUUAUAGUGAGUUUUUAUAGAUCAGAGAUGUUUCAGUGUUCUUCUGAGCAGGAUGAGAUGGUUGUAGUUCUCUAUGAGAUUGCAGAUGAUGUUGAAGGUCACGACCCCGACACUGAAGACACUGACGCAGUGAGACGACCAGAAACACAACACACAGGAGGCAACACUGCAUGGAGCAGGUGUUACAGACUGACUGUAGUGUGUGUGGUGCUGCUGUGUGUUCUCCUGCUGACUGCCGUCACACUGCUGUGGAUCAAAUACAACAACCUGUAUACAGAGAGAGACCAGUUACAGACCCAUUACAACACCCUGACUAAUGAGAAAAACCAGUUACAGACCAGAUACAACACCCUGACUAAUGAGAAAAAACAGUUACAGACCAGUUACAACACCCUGACUAAUGAGAAAAACCAGUUACAGACCAGAUACAACACACUGACUAAUGAGAAAAACCAGUUACAGACCAGUUACAACACCCUGACUAAUGAGAAAAACCAGUUACAGACCAGAUACAACACACUGACUAAUGAGAAAAACCAGUUACAGACCAGUUACAACACCCUGACUAAUGAGAAAAACCAGUUACAGACCAGUUACAACACCCUGACUAAUGAGAAAAAACAGUUACAGACCAGUUACAACACCCUGACUAAUGAGAAAAACCAGUUACAGACCAGAUACAACACCCUGACUAAUGAGAAAAAACAGUUACAGACCAGUUACAACACCCUGACUAAUGAGAAAAACCAGUUACAGACCAGAUACAACACACUGACUAAUGAGAAAAACCAGUUACAGACCAGUUACGACACCCUGACUAAUGAGAGAGACCAGUUACUGAGGGAGAGAGAUGGACACCUGAGGACAUUUUAUAAAUGGACAAGUUUAAACUCCAGUGUUUACUUCAUGUCUACUGAGAAGAAGAAGAACUGGACUGAGAGCAGACAGGACUGCAGGGACAAAGGAGCAGACCUGCUGAUCAUAAACAGCAAAGAGGAACAGGAGUUCAUCAGUAAACAGCUGGACGGCUCUGUGUAUUGGAUUGGUCUGAGUGACAGAGAUACAGAGGGAGAGUGGAAAUGGGUGGACGGUAAACCACUGACCACUGAGUUCUGGGGUUCAGGGGAACCGAGUAAAUCAGGUGGAGGUAAAGAUGAGGACUGUGUUGAAAUGUAUCGUGAUUCAAAUAGUUACGUCUGGAAUGACAAUAAAUGCUCUGAGUCACUACACUGGAUCUGUGAGACACGUCUUUCUCAGUGACAUUUAUCAUGUUAUAAUAAAGUGUUUAGAUACACAUUUAGAAUACAUACAGUAUAAAAGACAGUAUGUUGAGGAUAAUUGAAUAUCAGUGUAUGAUGUUUUGUCAGAGUGAACUCAGUAAUCAGUCAGUGAUACAAAGUGCACAGAGACUGUUCAUGUCUGCUCCAACAGUAACGCUUUUAAUCCUUUUAAUAUCAU